AUGGUGUACAUCAUCAACCACGCCGGCGACAAAGUGUUGCUCAUCGACCCCGACCUUGCGCCGCUGAUCGAGUCCAUCGCCAGUCGCCUCGAAACCGUGCAGCACUACAUCAUUCUCGGCGAACCGUCGGAUGUUUCCGCCACGCUCCCCGGUGCCGUUUCCUACGAGUCCAUGCUGGCCAGCGCUUCACCGGAAUACAAUCCCGCCGCCGUCGACGAAUACGCCACCAUGGGCCUAUGCUACACCUCGGCAACCACCGGGUUGCCCAAGGCGGUCGCCUACUCCCACCGCGCCGUCUACCUGCAUUCCCUCGCUUCGGCCACCGUCGACGUGCUGUCGUUAUCGGAGCGCGACCGGGUGAUGGCCAUCGUGCCCAUGUUUCACGCUAACUGCUGGGGCCUGCCCUACAGCUCCACCCUCGUCGGCGCCGACCAGAUUUUCCCCGGUGUUCGGCCCGGCCCGCAGGAAAUUUGCCAACUCGUCGAAUCUGAGGGCGUAACCUUCAGUGCUGGCGUGCCCACUAUCUGGAUUGGCGUACUCGACUACCUGCAACGAUCGGGCGUGGAGUAUGACCUGUCAUCGCUGCGCCAGAUUAUCAGCGGCGGUUCGGCCCUGCCCCUGGUCGUCCUUCAGGCCUACCGAGACCGGUUGGGCAUCGAAAUGAUUCACGCCUACGGGAUGACCGAGGCCGCACCCCUUAUCUCGGUGAACCGCCGUCGCAGCUGGCUAGAUUCGCUUUCCGCCGGCGAACGCCUCGACUUGUGCGGUCUGCAAGGCGUAAUCGCUCCUGGCAUCGAGAUGAAGCUGGUUGAUGACAACGGCGUCGAGGCGAACUGGGACGGCAACCAGCGCGGUGAACUCUGGUUCCGGGGCCCCUGGGUUGCCGAUCAAUACGUUGACGACCCGCGCAGUUCGGAAACCUUCGUGGACGGCUGGUACCACAGCGGCGACAUCGCCUCCAUCGACCCUGACGGUUACAUUCAGAUCGUCGAUCGGGUCAAAGACAUGGUGAAAAGCGGUGGCGAGUGGAUAUCGUCGGUAGACCUCGAGUCGGCAAUCAUGGCUCACCCCGACGUUCUGGAAGCAGCCGUCAUCGCCGUCCCCCACCCCCAAUGGCAGGAACGUCCCCUCGCCUGCGUCGUAGCCCGCGCUGAUACCUGGCGCCACACUCACCCGCGACACCAUACUGGAGUUCAUCCAGCCCAAAUUUGCCCGCUGGUGGUUGCCCGACUACGUGGUGUUCAUCGAUGA